AUGUCUUCCCCAGCUGAUCUCGCGGGUGAAAACCUGGUCAAGAGCGGCCCUUUUGGCGGCCGAGGAGGAGAUCCCUGGCAACUGUUGCCGGACAAGCCUGGUCAGACAUUGCAGUCUAUCCAGGUGUGGGAGGGCAACUACGACCAAUACUACGUGGUCCGAGGCAUCAAAGUCGUCUGGUCCGAUGGUAGUUCCGCCUCGGCGUGCAACCAAAAGGGAGCCUCCAAGUCGUAUGACUUUGAAGAGGGCGAGAAGAUUUCAAGUAUGCGUAUCCGCGCCUACGGCUACGUGGACAACAUCUCCUUUGAGACGGACAAGGGAGGAAAAUUCGACGCUGGCGGACCGGGCGGUGACCCAGACUGGGCUGAUGUUGGCAACGGCGAAAUCGUCGGAUUUGCCGGGCGUGGCACCCCCCACGGUUGCGUAGACAACCUAGCAACUUACUACAAUCCCCAGUCUUGA